AUGCUCGGCAAGGUUAUUCUUGAAGAGGCUUUUGACCUCCCACGCUUCUCUGAAACCGCCCGCUGGUGGGCGGGCAUGUUCAGCACUGAACCGGACAAGCACCUUGAGGAGAUCAUGGACAUCACAGAUAUCCGCAUUAAGCAUGCCGAAAAGUACGGAGUUGGCUACACAAUCCUCUCCUAUACUGCACCCGGUGUUCAAAAUAUCACAGAUCCCAAGGAGGCGCAGGCACUAGCAGUUGAGAUCAACGACUAUGUCGCGAGCAAGAUCAAAGGACACGAGGAUCGUUUAGGCAGCUUUGCGUCGCUUUCAAUGCACAAUCCACAAGAGGCCGCCGAUGAGCUGAGGCGCUGUGUCACCAAGUACGGCUUCAAGGGCGCCUUGGUCAAUGACACCCAGCGCUGCGGCGAGGACGGCGAGGGCUACAUCUUCUACGACCAGCCCGAGUGGGACGUCUUCUGGCAGACAUGCACCGAACUCGACGUGCCUCUAUACCUGCACCCCCGAAACCCAACGGGCAUCGUCCACGAGAAGCUCUGGAAAGAUCGCUCGUGGCUGAUCGGCCCGCCCCUAUCCUUUGCGCAGGGCGUAGGCCUCCACACGCUGGGCAUGGUCACCAACGGCGUCUUCGACCGCCACCCUAAGCUCCAGGUCAUCCUGGGCCACCUCGGCGAGCACAUCCCCUUCGACAUGUGGCGCAUCAACCACUGGUUCGAGGACGUCAAGAAGCCCCUUGGUCUCAGCUGCAAGAAGACGAUCCGGGACUACUUCAACGAGAAUAUCUGGAUCACAACGAGUGGCCAUUUCUCGUCUUCCACCCUCAACUUCUGCAUGAAUGAGGUCGGAGCCGACAGGAUCAUGUUCUCUGUGGACUACCCGUUUGAGAAAUUCGAGCCUGCCUGCACCUGGUUUGAUAAUACCGAGCUGAAUCUCACUGACAAGGCCAAGAUUGGGAGGGAGAAUGCGAAGAGGCUCUUCAAGCUAAAGUCAUACAAGGACUGCGACGCGAAGGUCGAAUGA